AUGUUUUACGACGAUUACCUGGACUAUUACCAGUCGGAUCUUGAUGAAUUGAUUCAUUCAUACGGCAAGAUGAAGCUGGAUUACUUGCAUGAAUCAUCUGGUUACUCGGAUAAGCUUUGGUUUCGACUGAUGAACAACAUGGAAUCUCGUAAUUUGACAAUCGAUUCAGGUCUGGCAAAAGAAAAUAGCUCAAUUACCAAAGAGAGAAAGGAAUGUGACCAAAAUGAUCCACGAAUCAUGCAACCAAUCGUUGAUGACAAAGAAUCAGUCAUACUAAACAGUUGUUAUCCGGAAAAAAGCAGAGAAUUGUUAUUUGUAUCCGACGAACGAAAUAGAUUCGAAACGUAUUCGGGAUUUUUCUCCAUUCGUGAACUCAAUAAUGAGUUAAUCGUCAGAUCGAACCAUUUUUGGCUUUUUAUGAGCGAAUCAAACUGGACGCAGGUUCCCUUGAUUGUAUUUCUUCACCAAUCGCCACAUACAUCGAUGUUGGCGCAUUUCUUAAUGCAGGAAAAUUCCACUUUACAGAGGGUAAAGUACAACUUUUUAUUUAUCGAAUAUAAGAUAGAAUAUGGAUUCAGUUUCACAAGCUCCCUGAACGAAACUAACCACCCUAAACUGAUCAACAAAGCUAGACAAGUGCAAAUAAUGCUGGAGGAUUUUUUCAUAAUUUUUCCAGAAUUCAGAGAAGUCGAAGUGUACAUUGCUGGCAGCUACGAAGCUGGUAAAUUGGCAGAACUUUUGUUAUUCUUUCUGAAUUCGAAUAAUCCAAAUGUUGCAAAAAUACCGAAAUUAAAAGGAGCGAUUAUAACACACGGUGCCCUUGAUAUUAAUCUGAUCAUAAACUAUUCGCCAAUUUGGUCACAAAAUGGUAUAACAGAUCUGUACACAGCUCGGUACAUGGAUGCUCAUGAAACCUUAGGCAGGGCAGUUCUACAAUCUAGAGAAUAUCAGCAAUUGGAAUACUUCGUGUUGAAUUUUCUGCAGAAUAAAGUAUCCGAAAUACAAUACGCCACAAAUCAAGAAAAACUGAUAUCUGAACUGAUGGAAAAUAUUAUUUUGAAAUUUUUCGAUGACGAGGAAUUUAAAAGAAAGCAUAAUAUCGGCGAUAGAAGUUAUAAGAAAAAGGUUUCUUUUUUUGAAGACACGUCGAUUCAAGAGUGUUAUCACAAUUUUGCCAAAUUAUUCAGUAAAUAUAAGAUUUUGUAUUGCAAUGGACAACUUGAUAAUAUUUAUACGCACAGCAUGACGACGGAGUACCUGAAGCAGAUGGAGUGGCCAUGUAAUGAUAAAUGGUACCAUGCACCAAGAAAACUAUGGUAUAAAGGUAACAGCUUGGUAGGAUACUGGAAAAAAUACUCCAAUUUGCAUCAAGUUCUGAUUAGAAAUUCUGGAUUUUCUGUAGAUUUAACUAGACCCAAGUUAUACCUUCGAAUGAUAGAAUUGUUCAUUGAAGAUCGAAAUUCGAGUUAUGAUUGUUAG